AUGGCUUCUUCCAAGUACUUGUUAGCCCUGCUCCUUGGGCUGCUCGUCGUGCUUCUCACCAAACCGGUCGUGGGAGAUUACGACGUUAAACCUAUACCUCUAAACCCACCCCCAGUUCCUAUUUACAAACAACCCAAACCUCCGGGGGUUCCAAUUUACAAGCCACCCAAGGCACCGGGGGUUCCAAUUCACAACACACGUCCCAAGCCACCAGUAAUUCCAAUCUACAAGGCUCCCCUGGCUCCACUCUACAAGGCUCCCCUGGCUCCUAUCUACAAGGCUCCCCUGGCUCCACUCUACAAGGCUCCCCUGGCUCCUAUCUACAAGGCUCCCCUUGCUCCUAUCUACAAGGCUCCCCCGGCUCCAAUCUACAAGGCUCCUGUUGCUCCAAUUUACAAGCCACCCACCCCUUACGUGCCUCCGUACAAGCCACCAUCAUUCAACUGA